CAUCCCGGGCCAGUUAACUGGCUGCUCCAACGCGGGCGCCCACCUCGCGGUGCGGUUGUCUGAGGCGGUCGUAUCCCGGCGGCUGCGGCCAUGGCGACGGUGCGGGAGAAGGCGGCGGCGCUGAACCUGUCGGCUUUCCAGAGUCCGGCACAGAGGCCUCCCGGUUUCAGUGUAGCCCAGAAGCCAUUUGGAGCUACAUAUGUUUGGAGCAGCAUUAUAAACGCUCUUCAAACACAGGUGGAGGUGAAAAAACGAAGGUAUCAUUUAAAAAGACACAAUGACUGCUUUGUUGGUUCAGAAGCUGUGGAUGUCAUUUUUUCUCACCUAAUGCAGAAUAAAUAUUUUGGCGAUGUAGAUAUUCCUCGGGCCAAAGUGGUAAGAGUUUGUCAGGCACUUAUGGACUACAAAGUAUUUGAAGCAGUUCCAACCAAAGUCUUCGGAAAAGACAAAAAACCCACAUUUGAAGAUAGUAGUUGCAGCCUUUAUAGAUUUACGACGAUACCCAACCAAGACAGUCAAUUAGGGAAAGAAAACAAACUAUGUUCACCUUCCAGGUAUGCAGAUGCAUUAUUUAAGUCCUCUGAUAUGAGAUCCGCAAGUUUAGAGGAUCUGUGGGAAAACCUGAGUUUAAAGCCUGCCAACUCUCCUCAUGUAAAUAUCUCUGCAGCCUUGUCUCCACACGUUAUUAGUGAAGUAUGGCAAGAAGAAACAAUAGGGCGACUGCUCCAGCUUAUAGACCUUCCUCUCCUUGACUCCCUCCUCAAACGGCAAGAGAUGAUACCUAAAGUUACUCAACCUAAGAGGCAGCCUGACUUGGUCAACAACAGGAACUAUCUGGAUCGAGGGAUUCUCAAGGCUUACAGUGAUUCUCAGGAAGAUGAGUGGCUCUCUUCAGCAAUUGACUGCUUGGAAUACCUUCCUGACCACAUGGUGGUAGACAUAAGCAGAAACUUUCCUGAGCAACCAGAUAGAAUAGACUUAGUGAAAGAACUUCUGUUUGAUGCCAUUAGCAAAUAUUACAGUAGUAGGGAACCUCUGUUAAAUCACUUAUCUGAUGUUCAUAAUGGAAUUGCAGAACUCCUAGUGAAUGGGAAGACUGAAAUAGCAUUAGAAGCUACUCAGCUCUUUCUAAAGCUUUUGGAUUCCCAAAAUAGAGAAGAAUUUAGAAGACUGCUGUACUUCAUGGCUGUUGCAGCACAUCCUUCUGAAUUUAAAUUACAGCAAGAAAGUGAGAACCGAAUGGUUGUGAAAAGAAUAUUCUCAAAAGCUAUUGUUCACAAUAAAAAUUUAUCCAAAGGCAAAACUGAUCUUCUGGUACUCUUUUUAAUGGAUCAUCAAAAAGAUGUUUUUAAGAUUCCUGGAACUCUACAUAAAAUUGUCAGUGUUAAGCUCAUGGACAUUCAGAAGGGAAGAGAUCCAAACAGAGACACAGGAUACAUUUAUUGCCAGAGAAUUGAUCGAAGUGAUUAUUCUGACCGUACAAGGAAGACAACCAAGGAUGAGCUAUUGAAUUUGCUAAAAAAUAUUGAUGAGGAUUCAAAGCUUUCCACCAAAGAAAAGAAAAAAUUGUUAGGUCAGUUCUAUAAGUGUCACCCAGAUGUCUUUAUUGAGUACUUUGGGGACUGAGUUUCCAGUGUCUGUAUAUAACUUGUGUAUUUUAAGAAUAAAUUAUGUAUCCUAAAGAUUCAAUCAUAUUGUAAUAUUAGAUGUUCCUCUAAGUUUGAAACUGUUCGUAAUAAAACAUUUUUUGUAUAACCUUUCGUGAAA